CCUUCCAGUUUCUGUGGGUCGGAGCCCUAAGUCCUGCCUCUGCGGCCCCUUCGCUGCAGGGCCCCGGGUCCAGCGCGGGACGCCCUGGGAGCAUGGAGCCCUUCCUCAGAAAGCGGCUGACCUUCCUGUCCUUCUUCUGGGACAAGACCUGGCCGGUGAGCGCGCCGGACGACGACAACGGCACCCCAGGGCUCCCCGGUCCUGGGGCCCGCGCGGAGCCAGCGCCCCCCGCCGCGGAGCCCUGCGGCUCCCCCGCGCCCGCGCAGCCCUUCAGGGCGCUCCACGACUUCACCGCGCGGUGCGCCGAGGAGCGGAGUGUCAGCCGUGGGGACAGGCUCUAUGGCCUCAAGGAGGAGGGCGACGACAUCUCUGCCCGCAGGCUCUCGGGCCGGCCCAGUGCUGCGCUGGUGCCCAUCACCCACCUGGCCAAGGCCACCCCGGAGACGCUGUCCGACCAGCCCUGGUUCUUCAGCGGCAUCAGCCGCGCGCGGGCCCAGCAGAUGCUCCUGUCUGCGGCCAACGCGCCGGGGGCCUUCCUCAUCCGGCCGAGCGAGAGCAGCCGUGGCGACUACUCGCUAUCAGUCCGGUCCCAGGCCAGAGUGCGCCACUACCGCAUCUCCGCCGCGGCCGACGGUCUCUACCUGCAGAAGGGCCGGCUCUUCCCCAGCCUGGAGUUGCUGCUCGCCUACUACAAGGCCAACUGGAAGCUGAUCCACCACCCGCUGCUGCAGCCCUGUGUGCCCCAGGCAGCAGCAGGCAGAGGCGCCGAGUGCCCCCCACCCCCGCAGCAGCACCCCCCGCUGGACGAGUGGGAGCGGCCUCGCUCCGAGUUUGCCCUGCACAGGAAGCUGGGAGAAGGCCACUUCGGGGAGGUGUGGGAAGGCCUGUGGCUCGGCUCCACUCCGGUGGCAGUCAAGGUCAUCAAGUCAGCCUACGUGCAGCUCACAGACCUCGCCAAGGAGAUCCAGACCCUCAAGAGCCUGAGGCACGAGCGUCUCAUCCGGCUGCACGCAGUGUGCUCGGCCGGCGAGCCCGUGUACAUCGUCACCGAGCUCAUGCGCAAGGGCAAUCUGCAGGCCUUCCUGGGCAGCCCCGAGGGGCGGGCCCUGGGCCUGCCUCUCCUUCUGAGCUUUGCCUGCCAGGUAGCCGAGGGCAUGAGCUACCUGGAGGAGAGGCGCAUUGUGCACCGCGGCCUGGCCGCCAGGAACGUGCUUGUGGGUGAUGACCUGGCGUGCAAGGUGGCCGACUUUGGCCUGGCCCGGCUGCUCAAGGAGGACAUCUACUCCCCAGGCAGAGGCUCCAAGAUCCCUGUCAAGUGGACGGCGCCCGAGGCAGCCAACUACCGUGUCUACUCCCAGAAGUCGGACGUCUGGUCCUUCGGAGUCCUGCUCUAUGAGGUCCUCACCUACGGCCAGUGUCCCUACGAAGGACUGAGCAACCACGAGACCCUGCAGCAGGUCACUCGGGGGUAGCGGCUGCCACGCCCGGCGCCCCGCCCGGCUGAGGUCUACGCCCUCAUGCUGGGGUGCUGGGGGAGGGGCCCCGAGGAGCGGCCCGCCUUCGCCACGCUGCAAGAGCCGCUGAGUGCAGCCCGCAGGCGCCUCCACUCCGCCCUCACGUGACCUGGGGCACUGGAUGGGGGGCUUGGGCCGCUCCUCCCUGCCCGGCGCGUCCCUGCAGGAUGGCACUGGCCACCAACACACACAGGGGUGCCGGCGGCCUGGAACCACCUCUGGCCGAGCACCUCACGGCCUGACGCGCGCUGACCCGUCCCGUGCUGUGGGCGGCAGACCCGUGCAGGCACCUUCUCUGACAGGAGGGUGUGAUGGCCUUGGCGCCGCGUGGCCUGGUGUCCCCGCCAAGGGAAGAACUCGGGAUGGAAGUCCAGGUGGGGCGCUCGGCCGGACGGAGGAGCCGCGAGCCGGGCCCCUGCCCGUCCACGCUGCGCCGGACGCCUCCUCUCCCUCCCAGGGUCCAGAGCCAGAGGCCCGGCUCCCCAGUGUUCUGCAAGGUCCCCCUGUGGCCGACGGCUGGGCUCGCGGGCAGACCCCAGGCACUGGGCGCACAUGGCACACGCACAGACCCGUGCACACGGGAAGGCAGCAUCCACGCAAUAAAUACACGCUGACUGACUCA